AUGGUGCCCGUGCCAUCAGUACUAGAAUCAAAAGAACGGCCAGAAGACUCAAUCACCAACAAUGACCACUCAAUCACAAACAACAGAUCUACCAGUUUAGAAGCAACUACCUCUAUGAAGAACGAAUCUCAACAAAACCCAGAACCAAAGUCAUCGCAAUCUCCAGCCCCAAGAACACAGGAAGCAAGGGACCUCAAAGAACAGUCAAACGAUCAAGAAGUACGGCGAGAUCCUCCACCUUUCCCGUCUAGGUUGAAAAAGAAAGAUGAUAGUAAACAAUUCAAGAGGUUCCUGGAUGUUCUCCGACAGCUACAUAUCAACAUUCUCUUAGUAGAAGCAUUGGAAAAAAUGUCGAGCUAUGUGAAGUUCCUCAAGGAUAUACUCACCAAUAAGAGGAAGAUCGGGGAAAAUGAAACUGUCGCACUAACGUAUGAGUGUAGUGCGCUCUUCCAGAACAACAUCCCUAAGAAAAUGAAAGAUCCAGGGAGCUUCACAUUGCCAUGCUCAAUAGGGGGUAAAGAAGUCGGAAAUGCGCUCUGUGACUUAGGGACAAGUAUAAACCUGAUGCCCUUUUCAAUCUUCAAGAAGUUAAACAACGGCAACGCAAGACCCACCACAGUUACGUUGCAGUUGGCUAAUAGAUCAAUAAAGCAUCCAGAGGGUAAGAUAAAAGACGUACUGGUGCAAGUGGAUAAAUUCAUCUUUCCUGUUGACUUUAUUAUUUUAGAUUAUGAAGCUGACACUGAGGUGCCGAUCAUCUUGGGUCGUUCAUUUCUCGCAACAGGGCGAGCGCUGAUCGACGUACAAAAAGGAGAACUCACCAUAAGAGUCGACAAUCAGCAAGCGAAGUUCAACGUUCUCAAUGCAUUGAAAUACCCAAAUGAUAUGGAAAACUGCCACUAUAUUGGAGAACUACAGGAAGAACAAUGGCACGAGUUUGAAGAAGAAUCGGAGGAAGAAGACUUUGAGGUUGGCGCAAUGUUGGAGGAGAAUUGCGCCGCAAUACAAACUGACUCAGAUUUUGAAUUAAUAAAGUUAUUUGAACAAUCAACACAGUGA